AUGGCCAUUACCCAAGUCCGCCCGGCUGAGGUUCCUCGCAGCAAGCUGCCAUACUACGACCUGGCUACCCACAACGAAACCGAAACUAAGCAGGUGACUCAGCAAUACCACUACUCUGCUCUCAAGGAGUCACCGAUCGUGAAAUCUUCGGAUUCUAUCCUGAAAGCAUUCGCAGCAUUUGUGUCCAGUGUCACCGACCUCGACUACAUCGCAUUCAUCGCCAACUAUGCCAAGAUCGAGGGCGCUGCUUCCCAGCGCCUGCUCGCCAUAGCCUCCAUCACCGGGAGCUCAAAACCACGAAUCUUCACGUCCGACCACAUUGAGUUGGCUACUUUUACCGCAGUGGAAUUCAACGAAAAUGAGUUGGAUUUUGAAAUCGACAUCCUUCCUGGAAACAUACCAACCGCCCAGGCUUCUCGUGCUUUCCACUUGACAGUCCAGCCAAGCCAAGACGGAAGCGUUGCGGACUUGACACUCUCCAUAAACGCCAAGCAUGGACACUCUGUGCUGUCCACAAAUAUGCUGGAGCUUGUCGCCAGGUACCUUGCCAAUUCAGUGACGCAAGCCCCCGAGACCAAGUUUUCCAACUUAAACUACCCUCCUAAGCUAUGGAAGGCCCCCGUUCUCAAGACUGAUCUGCACCUCGAGCACAACUAUCCCGCCUUAAUGCACGGCGCUUUUGAACGACGUGUCCUCGAAUUCCCCGACCGCAUUGCCGUCGAAGCCGUUGCCGAUGAUUCCUUCACAGUGCGAAAGUGGACGUAUGUCCAGCUCAACGCUGAUGCCGAGGGGUUGGCGGAAGAGUUGCUGCUCAUGGAACGCACCAUUAACUGGACACCAGCCUACAAGAACCAGCGCGCAAUUCCGCUGUUUCUGCCAGCUGGCCCCGAAUUUUACAUUAGCGUUACUGCCAUGCUCAAGACUGGUCUCGCUGUCUGCUCACUACCCAUGGAUGCGCCUCCGCAGCGUCUUCUUGAUAUUGUCGAGGACACAAAGUCGUCCGUUGUUAUUGGUGCUGGAAGUGUACCAUUCCCAGGCGUCAACCUAGACGAUGGCUCCGAAGCUGCCGAGGCUCUUAAGAAGCUGACUUGGGUGGAUAUUAACGAAUUCACCAAUUGGCGCGCCAACUUCCCUGUCGAUCUCCAGGCUCCUGUGUCCCAGCAUCCACCUACAGAAGAAGAUCUGGCAUACAUUCUUUAUACUAGUGGAUCGACUGGCAAGCCCAAGGGUGUUCUUAUCUCACACUCCAUGGCCACCUGCGGUGUACAUGGCCACGCCGAAGCAUUUGAGCCCUUGCCCGCCGGCCCUGAGCUCCGGUGGCUCCAGUUCGCCAUGCCAACCUUUGACCUCUCUCUGAUGGAGCUUUUUGUUACCCUCGGAUACGGCGGAACCGUUUGCUCAGCGGAGCGUUCUCUCAUGCUCUCCGACAUCGAAAAGGCCGUCAACUUCUUCAAGGCCACUGCACUUUUCACCGUUGCCAGCAUGGCUACCCUGCUACGACCCAAGGCGCUUCCGACUUUGACUACUAUUGUCUCCGGUGGUGAAGCUCUUACGAAAUAUGCUAUUGACAACUUUGCUUACGACGCUCCUCGUGAACCCAAUACUGGGCCCAAGAGAGUCAUCAACAUAUACGGGCCUACUGAGGCGACUAUGUGUGCUACCUUUGAGAAUGCCGCUCUUGGCACCCGUGGAUCCAUCGCUGGUACUAUCUUCUCCUGCGCCUCCGUGGUUUUGGUGGAUGCCAACUCCUCUGAUGAUCUUAUCCAAGUCCCAAUAGGUCUCACCGGUGAGAUUGUUUUUGGCGGUCCCAUGGUCGGAUAUGGCUACAUGAAUCGUCCUGAGGAAACUGCCAAAGCCUUCACUUCUGGUCUGGGUCUGGGUCCUGUAUACCGCACUGGCGACAAGGGCCGCAUUGUCUUCAGCCCCGAGGGCGAACCUAAGCUUGAGAUCCUCGGCCGGUUGAAUAUGGAGCAGGUCAAGCUCAACACCCGCCGUGUCGAACUCGGAGAAAUCGAAUCUACCAUUGCCAAGGUAGAGGCUGUUCGUGAAGUUGCUACGGUCGUGCUCAACGGCAGCUUCUUGGCUGCCUACGUCGCUGUGCGGGAACACUUCAACGACGUCACGAACGAGGCUCUAAUUUCGCAGUGCCGAGAGGUUGCAGACGAGGGCCUGCCUGGAUGGAUGCGACCCGUCGAGUACAUCGUUGUGCCCAAGGUGCCACGCACAUCCAGCGGCAAGGUCGACCGAAAAACGCUCCAAAAAGUAGCUAUUGAGGACUUUGGUAGCUCUAUUACCCAGAAGCAGGCUAUCAACGACAACCUGACAUACGAGGACGCAGUCGAUCUCAAGGAUCAUGAAAGUGUGUCGGCCAUGCUAAAGCACAUUCUCAUCGCCAUUUUGGGCAGAGGUGCCGCCGAAGUCGCUGGUUCCUCUCUAGCUCUCACAACCUAUGGUCUUGACAGUCUUCGGUCGAUGAAGCUUCUCCAGGAGCUCAGACACCAGGGCGUGGAAGGACUAGCGAUCAAGGAUGUUCUAGUCGGCCAGAACUUUGCCGAGGUUGUCAAGUCGAUCAUCGAGGUGCAUAUCGCUCAGCUCAAGGAGGCUGAGGAGGCAGCGGCUGCCAACAACGAUGAGCUCAUCGGAAUUGAAGACGAGGAAGAGAUUCUGUUCCUUCCCCUCGGAGCUAAGCUCAAACACUUUGAACAUACAUGCAGAUCCAAGUGUGUCGAGGCUCUCAACAUCCCUAGCGAAGAUAUUGUCGAAGUACUACCUGCGACUGGUCUUCAGACCCGUGUGCUGUCCAGCAUCGAGGAGUCGGCAGACAUUCUCAAGGUCAGCAAACCAUGGGUUGAGCACUAUCCCUACCUGGUUCCCGACCACAUUGACGCCGCUCGUCUCGAAACUGCCGUCAUCAAGGCCCUCGAGGGUCGCGAUGCGUUUCGAACCGUUUGGGUACAGGUUGAGCACCCACUCGCUCCUUAUGCUCAGUGUGUCUUAUCUCCCAACUCGCCACACGCAAAGCUUCCCAUUCUUCGUAUGGAGUGCCCUGCUUAUGACGAGCAUCCGGGCAGCCUGUGGAACAGAACUGUUGACAAUGUUCAAAAGUCUGCAGAAGAGAUUUUUGGUCUCCACAGCCUCGGCUCGGUGACUUCCUUUGUGCGCUCGGCGGACAGAAGGCACUGCGUCGUAGUGUUUUCCGUUUUCCACGCCAUUUACGAUGGUAUGAGUCUGCAGGCUCUCCGUCGCGACAUUGUCGAGGCUUACCACGGCCUUCCCAUAUCCAGUGCAGGAAAGCCGGGUGUGCGUGUGCCUGUCGAGGAGCAUCUCAAAUCUGACUGGCUGGGCACUAGCAUUUUCUGGGCUCAGCGAAUGGCCGGCGCUGCUUCCUUCAAGGCUGGCGACAGGGUUCUUAAGGCUGGGGGGGCCGAGUUCACCACUGUAAAUACCAAUGUCGGUAUUGCUAGCGAAAGCCUCGAGUCUACGUUUAGCACUGGUGAGCUUUUUGCCAAGUCCAAGUCAGAGGGGCUGUUUACGCCCAUGGCUGUGGUUCAAGCUGCGUGGUCCAUGACGCUGGCCCAGACGCUUGUCGGUGACGAAGCCGCCCCAAACUAUGACGUGCAGUUCGGUAGCGUUUUCCACGGUCGCCACACGGCGGACUCGUUAGAUGCGUUUGCUCUGAUGCUCGACGGUCUUCCUACGCGCGUCACUUUUGAGAAGAACAAGAAUUUGACCCAUCGCGAGAUUUGCUCGCGAAUGUUCAGGCAGUACACGGACACUCUGGGCUUUACUGAGAUGCCCUGCCCCAGCAUCCAGUUUGCCCGCAGCACGCGCCGCUUCGACAGCUCCGUCAUCCUGCAGACAUUCCCUGUCCCAGACUUCGAUAUGGACAUGGAUGGCUUCCCUGCCUUUAACCGUGCCAACGACAAGGUCACGCCCUGGAAGGAAACUUCGUCGGACACGCCGAUUCUGAUUGAGAUGUGGCCUGGUGUGAAUAGAAUAGAGGACAAGCUCAGUAUCCGAUGCUCGUACAGCCAGGUAUGGCCCGGCUAUGAAUUCAUGACACCGGAUUGGGUCCAGGGACUGCUUGUGACUUUCAACAAGGCUUUGGCUCAAGUCCUCAACGAUCCCGACGGAGUUUUCGACGUUUUUCAGAGUGCCACUGCACAUCACGAUGCCAUUGAAUGCUCCCCAUGA